GAACCCUAAUUCCAUCAAUUCAGUUUGGGCCUCAAAAUACACUUCUCCCUUUUUAUCUCUUCACAUCUGUAAUACACCUUUUUGUAAUUAAAUAAGACGCUGCUGUUUUAUGGGGUUAGGGGCAAGGAUUUUAUGAUCUUUUUGUAUUGAGGGUAAAACCCAAAUGGGUGAGGAUGUGGACAGAUCAGAAUUAUAGAAUGAAAAUGUUUUCUCUCUUCAUUCGUUUCUUAUAUUUCUUCUCAGCUUUUCCUACUGCUUAGCUUAAUUUCUGCUGCCUUUCUUACCUUGAUCUAUUCUUCUUCCAUUUCUUUUAGUUUUCUGUUUGUACCUGUUACAGCAUCCAACUCUCUCAUCCUUCGAUCCUUCGACCUCCAUUAUUCAAUCCAUCUUCCCCUCCCAAUUAACUGAGUUUUCUCUGAUCUCUGGCAAGAUAGCUCUGCUGUUUACCAUAAAAAGUACACUGUUUUGGAUUCUAUAAUAAUAAAAAGAAGGGAAGAAAAACCAAUGGAAGAACCCCAUUCAAUGAACAGUCCAAGGACAAUCCUUAGUUUUUCAAAAAGAGGAAGAACAACGACAGCCUCUGUCUCAUUCGUUGAUCCAAAUGAUGAAAAAACAAAUUCCGUGGAGCAUGGUCCAAAACCUUCUGAAGUUUAUGGAUUUGUUGGUUCCAUUACGACUGUUGUUGCUACAGCUAUUUAUUUAGCAUGGGCAUAUAUUCCUGAACCUUGGUUACAUUCAAUCGGGAUCUUCUAUUAUCCUAGCAGGUAUUGGGCUUUGGCAGUUCCAACUUAUGCUAUGGUGAUAAUAGUUCUAGCUGUCACAUUUUAUAUCGGCCUCAACUUCAUGUCAACCCCUCCACCAACUUCAUUAACCACAAUGUUUGAUGAAUUUAGCAGAGAACCUUCGAGCUUUUUGUCUCAUAUGGAGGGAGAUGAGCAGCCAAUUGAACCCAUAUCCGAUCUUGGGAUCGACAAGAUUAAUGUUCUCAUGUUCGAUGAUACUAAAUGACACGUCCACUCUAGUCGUUCAUCUAUACUGCCUCUCCAUUAUUGGGUCUGGAAAGCAUCCACGCUUCCCUUUAAACCGGAUUAGUUGGCAAGUUUUGAAGAAAUUGUCAUGCAAUUUCUUAUUGUUUGAGGGAAAAAAGGUUUGUAUUAGGGUUUAGGAGAUGUAUUUAUGAGAUGAAUCAAUUUACCUUCACUCUGUGACAUAAGAUUGAGGAGUUUUUAGAUUAAUUCGAAGAUGCGUUAUUCAUUGUAAUCGUAUGAUUUCGUAAAUGGUCACAUUUCAAAUAAUGUAUUGGAUGAUGGUUUCAUUCCAUGCAAUGCAA